AUGGAUAAUCCGAAAGAAAGGCACUCAAAGUCGCCGGCGUUGCACAGAAAAGGAUCGACUGAUAAGACUGAAGUCGAGACGGCCUCUACAAGUUCAAUUGACACCGCGGACAGUCCAACAGUCGCCUGCAAAACACUAAAGCUACAAUGUGUCUACGGCUACCCUGUGACUGGAGAGAAGUUCAUCGUCUAUUGGAAGGAAACGGGCGACAACGCUGAGCCGGCUGUUGAAGUAAUCGAGAAUAUCAAGAUCAUCAUGGGCCGUCUACCGGAGAUCAAGACUCCGAUUCAAACAUUCUGUGACAACGAGGGAAUCGAUCUCAACAACUACACACACAUCAGCUACGAUAAGAUCACUCGUCUCGUCGCCAAGUACAACAAGGCCGCAUCAACCUCAUUCAACCUGUGGAGCGGUCAAACGCGUCCAGGGAUAGAAGAAUGGUCACAUGAAAUUUGCUCACAACAACUUCUCCAGUUUGUUUGCUCAACUGCUUUCAACAGAGCUGUCCCGGAUGUUAAUAGACUCAACAAACACUAUGAAGCUUUUUCUUCGGAGGUCUAUGGAGAGACAAGUUAUGAGCAGAUGGAAUUGAUGCUUGAGGAGAUAAAGCCGACAGAAAAUGACGUUUUUGUUGAUCUCGGUUCGGGAGUUGGCCACUUGGUCUGCUAUGUGGCUGGACGGACAAAAGUAAAGAAAGCCGUCGGAAUCGAGAAAGCGAAGUUUCCGAGCUCAUGUGCCAUCCAGAUGGAUAGAACUUUCAAGAAUCUGAUGAGAUGGCACGGAAAACGAGUCAAGAACUUUGACCUUUACGAAGGUGACUUCUUGGAUCAAAAAUUCCGAAAGUUGAUUACAGAGGAGGCCACUAUCAUCUUCAUUAACAACUUCGCUUUUACCGCCGAUUUGGACAAGAAGAUCAAAGACGAGAUUAUUAAGAAUUGUCUCCCCGGCACGAAGAUCAUUUCAACGAAAGCGUAUGCACGGAAUAAGUCGAUCGCUGAUCUUUCCGAGAGGGACUUAAAUGACUUGGCUAUGAUGCUUGACGUCUCGAAUCUACCAACUGUGAAGGCCCCGGCUUCUUGGACAGGCGGUCAUGUACCAUAUUUCCUCCACGUGGUGGAUCCAGGAAAGAUCGAGCGCUACUUUGAGUACAAGAACAAGAAGAGCUCGAGCACAUCUUCAAUGGAGGAUCGUCGGAGCAUAAAUAGCAGCAAGAACAGUCAAAGGGAAAAGAAACGGAAAAUCGACGAAGUGUCAAAUGAAGAGAAAGCACGAGAAGUUGAAGAAAAGAUUGUCGAUGACGAGAAGUUCACCCUGCCCGAUUGGGUGUUGCAGAGACGCAUUGAUGGCAAAAGCUCGUCGCGCGAAUCGUCGGCUUCGAAAGGAUUGGAGAUGCACACGAAUCCCGGCGGCUCAACGAUUGCGACCGUGACACCGAAAGUUGAAGAGAUUGGAGAUGAUAGAAAAUUCGUUCUCGUCAGCACUCAACCGCGCAAACGAGCUAAGGCCAGUCUACCAACAUAUCAAGAGGUCAAUUGGGAUGACGACUCGGAGUACUUCCCGUCGAAAAAAGGACGCCCAACCACGACGAAAGAUUGUCGUCCACGUGGUCGACCAAAGAAGGGAAGUACGCCGGCAACUCCUAUCACUAAGGUACGAGCUCGUUUAUCUGAAGAGGCACGUAGUGGAGUUGACGAGAUGCACGAGGAAAUCGUGAGACAACAAAAGGAAGAAUUUGCUCGCAUCCCGUUGACGCCGGCUUUGGUCGAUGGAGCGGUGAUCCUUGACCCGUCGAGCCCAUUGGAUGCACUAUUGAUCUCAAUUCGUCAACAAUUCCUCGAGCACCAGGCUCACGUUUUGACGGAAACAUUUCGCGCUCAGUUGAUUGAUGAGGUGAAGCAAGAAACGAACAAAAGAAGCGAAUUAAUGGAGCGUGUCCGCACUUCGACUGCUUUUGUCGAUAAUCUUCUACAACAAGGAGUCGCCAAUUUGCGUGCUCGUCUUCUUGAGUUGGACAUGAGCGAUGUGGAGACGCCGAGUGAAUUGCUUAAUCGAUCAAAGCAAAUCGUGCACAAUCACAAAGAGGUCACACAGAAAUGCUCGGCGCUUGAAGCAGAAGUGGCUGCGUUGGAAAGUCGUCUCAGGGCUCAUGCCCCGUAUGGGGAUCGCUUGAUUGAGAAGAUUAACAACACCGAUCCGAAUCUGUUAAUCGAUCCGAUCAACCCGGAUCCCUACAUGGAGCUCAUUCAAACGGCUUGCUUGGAGAGUGGAUGUCAAAUUGUGCCAACUCGUCUGGAGAGUGAGGCCGAGGCGCACGCCCAAGAAUCGAUGACUUCACCUGGAGUUGCCGUCUCAGCUGCACGACGACCAAGACAACGCUCAAGGGCAUCCGCAUCAAAAAGGGCUGCCGCUGGAGCGAAGCCUGAAGAAACGAGUGAGGAGAUGGAGCGUCAGAUUCAGGAGAUCGUGCAAAAAGCUCUUAAGGUGGACAGUGCCGCAAAGGAGAAAGAGCGCCGCGCUCGUGGAAACCCGGAGAAACGAGGAGGGAAAGGCGCGAAUGCGAAUGUGCAACAGGCAGCAAUCUCUGGCAUCUCGGCCGCCCCCUUUGCUCUUCUACAACAACCAGCCGUUGUGUGCGAUCAACGAGGAAUUCAGCUCGGUGGAUCACCGAAUUUCGCUAUGCCACAUGCUUCAAAUCAGCCUCUUUUAAACAACGGUGAUGGUUCGGCUUCUAUGACAAUUUCAACUGCAGAA